ACAACACUUCAGCCUUAGCUAAGCAGCUUGCUUCAAAAGUAAAGAGCAUUGAAUAAAUAUAUAAAAGGUGAAGAUUAUAGCAAAAUCAACCUAUGCUCAAACUCUUCUUCAUCUCAUCAUCCUUUUGAUGAAAUCUCUGAAGAAACAGAGAAGAGAAAAUGCCACUCGGAGAUGACGAAUCGGUACUCCGUCAACCGAUCAGCCUCCUCAAGAAACAGCUCGAGGCUUCCUUGUCUAUAAACGAUUCAUUGGUGAAAGAAAAUCAGGACCUAAAACAGGAGGUAGCUCGUUUGAAAGCACAUAUCAGUUCCCUCAAGGCACAUGACAAUGAGAGAAGGUCAUUGCUUUGGAAGAAGUUGCAUAAUUCAAAGGAGGAUAUCAAUUCGGACGCAUCGCUGCAGAAAUCACCGGAUUUCGUCGAAUCUCAAAAUGUGUGUCCAAGGCCGAGUUUCCAGGAAUUGGCUGUGAGAAAAGAAAGGCAAUUAGAAGCACCAAAACCACCACCAAGGUCUCAUAAUCCUUUUAUCUCUUCAUCUCCUAAGGAAGUUAAUGAAAACAAAGCUAAAGCGCCAUUGGUACCAGCACCGCCAGCAACACCAUUGCCAUCGAAAUUGUUAGCAGGCUCGAGAUCGGUCCGCCGUGUACCCGAAGUUGGGGAGCUUUAUCGUUCUCUAACGAGGAAGGAUGCCAACAUCGAAAACAAAUCCAACAUGACAGCAACCCCAUUGCUUGCAUUUACUAAGAACAUGAUAGGCGAAAUCGAAAACCGAUCAACUUAUGUUUCAGCUAUCAAAUCCGACGUCGAAAAACAGAAGGAGUUCAUAAAUUUCUUAAUCUCGGAGGUCCAAUCUGCAGCAUUCAAAGACAUAUCAGACGUGGAAGUAUUUGUGAAGUCUUUAGAUCAAGAACUAUCUUCUCUGGUGGAUGAAAGGGCAGUUCUGAAGCAUUUCCCGCACUGGCCAGAGAGAAAAGCCGAUGCGCUGAGGGAAGCCGCGUUUAGCUACCGGGACUUAAAGAACAUGGAAGCCGAAGUAUCAUCAUUUAAGGCCAACCCCAAAGAGUCAUUCAAUUCAGAGUUCAAAAGGAUGCAAGCAUUGCAAGACAGGUUGGAGCAAAGUGUGAAUAACAUAGAAAGGGUGAGAGAAAGCAGUAGCAAAAGAUACAGAGAUUUGCAGAUCCCGUGGGAAUGGAUGUUGGAAACUGGUUUGAUUGGUCAGAUGAAAUUCAGCUCACUGAGGCUAGCGAGGGAAUACAUGAAAAGAACAACAGAAGAACUGCAAUCCAAGGAAUGUCCACACGAAUACAAUCUCCUGCUUCAAGGAGUUCGAUUUGCGUACAGAAUUCACCAGUUCGCAGGUGGUUUUGAUGCAGAGACCAUUCGCGCAUUCGAGGAAUUGAAGAAGAUAAGCAAUAGCCUCAGACACGUUUAA